AUGACUACGCUCUUUACGAACGCUCGCUUGGUUGGUCUGCGAAACGAGACGUACUCGGUGCUCGUCCGUGACGGAGCGGUCGCUUCAAUUGAGGCAACCGGUUCUGCCCCUCCUCCUCACUCAGCUGCGAAAGUUCACGACCUGGCGGGCUCCUUCCUCGCUCCGUCACUCAUCGAUGCGCAUACGCACUUCCCGACAUGGGCGAUGGCGUCGAAGCGGAUCGACCUGUACACGGCCAAAUCCGCCGCCGAAGUCCUCGACCGCGUCCGCGCAUGGCUUCCCGAGCAGCCAGACGAUGGACUCUUCGUCGUCGGCCAGCGCAUGCGCGUUGGCGAGUGGCCGGACGUUGCCGAUAUGAACCGCCUCGCGCUCGACUCCGUCGAACCCGUUCGCCCGCUCGUCCUCUUCUUCGCCGGCUUCCACUCGCUCUGCGCCAACUCUGCUGCCCUCAAGCGCAUUGGUUUCGAGCCGGAAGGUCACAGCGGCGUUCUUGAGGAAGCGGAGUGCUUCCGAGCAUGGACACGGAUCGGCGAGAUUCCGCCUGCAGUCCUCGACGUCGCCGUGGACCUCGCUGCUCGCAACGCCGCUGCGAUGGGCAUCACCGAGAUCCUCGACCUCGAGAUGGACUUCAACAUCGACCACUGGACGCGGCGGGUGCAGAAGGGUACCGAUGUCCUUCGCGUGCGGUGCGGCCUCUACGAGCAGCACCUCCCUUCCGCGAUUGCCGCCGGCUACAAGACGGGCGACGUUAUCUCCGACACGCAAGGUCUGGUCACCGUCGGUCCUCACAAGAUCAUCACAGACGGAUCCCUCGGCUCGCGAACGGCUUGCUGCCACGACCCUUACCCCAACGAGCCGGAGAACUUUGGUCACUUCGAGUACGAGCCGAAGACGCUCAAGUCGAUGAUGGAGAAGGCCAUCGAGGCGGGCUUCGCGCUCGCCGUCCAUGCGAUCGGCGACAAAGCGAACCAGCUCACCCUCCAGACUUUCGCCUCGCUCUCGAAGCCCGCCCUGCCCGGCUCGAGCAUCGAGCACGCCCAACUCCUCACCUUCUCCGACAUCCCGCUGUUCACCGAACUCGGCCUCGUCGCGUCGAUCCAGCCGGCGCACAUGGUCGACGACCGGGAACUGUGCAGCCAGUUCUGGCCAGGUCGCGAACACCGCGCUUACGCCUUCAAGACCCUCGCGGACGCCGGCGUCACCCUCAAGCUCGGGUCGGACGCGCCUGUCGCAAAGGUAGAUCCCUGGGACGCCCUCGCCGUGGCCAUCUUCCGCACCGCAGCUGGCGAGGAGGACCUCCCCUCGUCCGCCUGGCACCCAGAACAGUGCCUCACUCCGUCGGAAGCCUGGCGCGCCGUCACGUCGAACGGCAAGAUCUCACUCGAGGUGGGCGACCGUGCGGACUUGGUGGUGCUGCCGAAGGACCCGCUCACGGCGAAUGCGAAGGAGUUGAGGAGUAUGCAGGUCAAGGGGACGAUGUUGGGAGGGAGGUGGACACAUUUUGCGAUGUAA